AAGCAAACAUCGUCCGUUACUUCUGGCACAAUCUGUCACCAAAACUCGACAAACUUUUGGAUUUCCUUUAGAGAAUGUGGCUUUGUUAUCUCUUGCUUGCCAUUGCAGCAGUUGAUGGAGCGUUUACCGACGAAGAAAAACAGGGUUUAGCAAAGCACAAUGAAUUCCGACAAGUACAUGAAGCUGCUGCUAUGACACUGGACAGACAAAUGUGUGAUGAGGCGAAACAGUACGCUCAGACGCUUGCAGUUAUGGGUAGCCUGGUACAUUCGCCGGGCAGAGACAGAGGUGGACAGGGAGAGAAUCUUGCCGUGGGAUGUUCAACAGACGCUCCACAAACCAUAGAGCAAGCCGUGACAAAUUGGUACAACGAGGUCUGUGAUCCGGGAUACGAUUUUACCAGCCCCUCCUUCUCUGGUGGAACAGGCCACUUUACACAGGUAGUUUGGAAAGGCAGCACUGUUCUUGGAAUCGGAAGGGCAGAGGGUACAAUACGGGGAAUGAAAUGUGCAUAUACUGUGGCCAGGUAUAGACCAGCUGGAAACAUGAUGGGGGCAUUUGCCCAAAAUGUGGUGGUUGGUUCCUUUGAUAGUGACAGCUACUGUGCAUCAGUUUCAAGUAAAAGACGAAGGUUCUUUGACAAGUAUGGAAAUACAGGCAAGGUGAAUGGUACCAGAGCUCCAACCUUUAAAACGGGACCAGCUGAGAGUCGUGCCCAGCAGGUUGAGUUAUUGAAAAGCAAGAAGAAAACUGUUUCGCACAAGGCAAACAUUAUCUGUUACUGCUGGCAAAAUCCGCUAACAAACUCCAAAAGAUUCCUGGACUUCCUUAAGAAAAUGUUGCUUUGGUGCCUUCUAUUUUCCAUCGUUGCUGCCCAAGGAGACAUGGACCACGGUGCUCCCAUUACGAUCUAUGGCACUGGGAUAAUAAAACAGAACGGCACAGCCAAUAUGAAUUUACAGAUUAAGAUAGGUGGACGUAAGGCAGGAGGUGUAACAGGAAUUCCAAUGGGAGGUGCAGCUCCAUUGAUAGGGAAAGAACAGCCCUUACAACGAGGAGAGUUAACCGAAGAAGAACAACAGGGUUUAGCAGCUCACAAUGAAUUUCGACAAAUACAUCACGUUUCUGCGAUGACACUAGAUAGGCAAAUGUGCGAUGAGGCUCAUCAGUACGCCAAGCGGCUUGCGCGUAUGGGUCGGCUUGAGCAUUCAAAGGAUAGAGAAAGAGAUGGACAGGGAGAAAAUCUUGCUAUGGGAUGUUCAUCAGGUGCUUCGCCGCAAACUGUGGAGCAAGCCGUGAACAGCUGGUACAACGAGGUCUGUCGUCCAGGAUAUAGCUUUUAUACCCCCUCCUUCAGCGGUGGGACAGGCCAUUUCACUCAGGUAGUGUGGAAAGAAAGCAUUUUUCUUGGAAUUGGACAAGCUUCAGGGGAGAAAAACGGCAUGAAAUGUACUUAUACUGUGGCUAGAUAUAAACCGGCUGGGAACAUUUUCGGAGAGUUUUCCGAAAAUGUGCCAAAAGGAAACUUUGAUAAGGAAAGCUAUUGUGCAUCAGUUAAGAGAAAUACCGUCUUGGACAAGCACGGAAAGGCAGCUUUGCUUAACGAUUCAAAUGCCACAAUGGGGUCGGCUGAACUUCGCGGCCAAUAUGAGGAACAGCCUCCUGCCGGGAAUGCCCCUCCUUCUUGGCCACCUGCAGUAGGACCAGUAGCAGGUAUUCCUGCUCCAAAUCCUCCUUCCAAACCUCCUAUUCCUCCUUCUGGGGCUCCUAACCCUCCCACUGGGGCUCCUAAACCUCCCUCUGGGGCUCCUAACCCUCCUUCUGGGGCUCCUAAUCCUCCCACUGGGGCUCCUAAACCACCUUGUGGGGCUCCUAACCCUCCCUCUGGAGCUCCCAAACCUCCUUCUGGGGCUCCUAACCCUCCUUCUGGGGCUCCUAAUCCUCCCACUGGGGCCCCUAACCCUCCUUCUGGGGCUCCUAACCCUCCCUCUGGGGCUCCUAACCCUCCUUCUGGGGCUCCUAACCCUCCUUCUGGUGCUCCUAACCCUCCUACUGGGGCUCCCAGCCCUCCCUCUGGGGCUCCUAACCCUCCCACUGGGGCUCCUAACCCUCCCACAGGCGCUCCUAAACCUCCUCCUGCGCCUCCCAGCCCUCCUGUUGUGCUAACUGCGCCUCCCAGCCCUCCUGUUGUGCUAACUGCGCCUCCUGGGGCUCCUAAUCCGCCUGCUUUGAGUUUCGAAAUCUUUUUGCUUUUGAAAGAAUCACCAACUGAUCCAGAAGUUGCAGGAAAUGCUCCAAUUGUGCUCCCUACUGGAACAUUCUCUCAACAAGAAGUAAACGGCCUGAAAGAACACAAUCGGUUCCGUGCGAUACAUGAUGCGCCGCCCAUGACACUUGAUCGUGAGAUGUGCAAUUCCGCUGCCCAGUGGGCCAAAUACAUCGCAGAACAAGGCUCUCUUGAACAUUCAACUGAAGAUCAAAGACCUGAACAAGGAGAGAACCUGUCGAUGGGAUGUUCCUCAGACAAGGCUCAAACAGUAAAGGAGGCUGUUGCAAACUGGUAUAACGAGGUUUGUAACCCCGGCUACUAUGGAUUAGGUGAGUUAGAGACUGGGCCUGAUGAAGCAGGGCACUUCUCGCAGGUGGUGUGGAAAGAGAGUACCAAGCUUGGAAUCGGACGUGCAGAGAUUGAACAAAAUGGUAUGAAAUGUGCUUACAUCGUUGGCAGAUACAAUCCGCCCGGAAAUGUUCAAGAAUCCUAUAAACAGAAUGUUCUCAAAGGGUCUUUUAACCGAGAAGUCUACUGCCCAACAGCUGUGAAAAAAGAUGUGAUGAGAGCGGAUUAACUCGAUCAGAACUAUCAAGAGAAAAUAGCGGAGUCCAAUUAAUUUCCAUUACUGCCACUUAUAAUCAUUCGAUUGUGCGAUAAUAAAACGACCAGUGAAGCUUCGAAAUCACACCUGCUCCCAAAUUGAAUGGAACGAUGGCGAAGAAAAUCACAAUCUACCUCUGAAAAAAUUCCUGGCCAAACCUUGUCAAGGCCCCCCAACGGACUUGUGGUUACUUGAUGACAAAUGAUAGUAGUUUGAGAGCGCAGCAAAUCCAAACCCGAGGAAACUUCUUUUAUAUAUUUGGUAAUAAAAAUGACUUGUGAUUUAUUUAUAAUGGUAGUUGAACUGAAUGGAGUACAAUUUGGGCUGGAAUUAUACGCGUGAUUUCAAAGUCGAACGAGCGCGCAGCGCAAGUUCGAUUUGAAAUCACAAAUAUGAUUCCAUACCAAAAUUGCACGACACGAGGUUCAAUUACCACUUUAUUACAUCCAUUUUGAAAUUGCCCAAAUACAGGACUUGGUCAGUUCAAACAUUUUAUUGAUGCAGUACUG